CGAUCUGCGCAGUGCGGCACGAAGAACAAGCCGAAUGUUUUUAUUUUGGCAUAAGACAGGAAGUUGUGUCAUGGCAGCUCCUUCUGUACCCCGACGUUUAAGUUAUGCUGUAUUAUAAUGCGCUUUCAUACACUGAGAGGACAGCAGUGUGAUUUUAGUGAAGUAAUGAGAUGACACGACAGCGAUCAUAUGCAAACUUCACUACUGCGUAGAUCUACUUUAAUCAGUGAACUAUGGGCAACGGAAUGAAUAAGAUUGUUGAUGGUCUCUAUCUUGGAAAUAUAAGAGACUCCGAGAACAGAGAAAAUCUGUCUCGUCAAGGCAUCACCCACAUCCUCUCUGUGUGCAACAAUGCCAAGCCUGUAUUACAGGACAAGACCUAUCUGUGCAUUCAUGCAGCUGAUGCUUCCAGCCAAAAUCUGUCUCAACAUUUUAAAGAGUGCAUACGCUUUAUCCACGAGUGUCGACUCAAUGGAGGGGCGUGUCUAGUUCAUUGUCUUGCUGGAGUGUCUCGCAGCACAACCAUGGUGGUGGCUUACCUCAUGACCGUCACCAGUUACAGCUGGGAGGAGUGUCUGUGCGCCGUAAAGUCUGUGAGAUCCUUUGUGGGCCCAAAUUACGGCUUUCAACAACAGCUGCAGGAGUUUCAGAUGAAACAGGUUUCAGAGUACCGGGCGUGGCUGCGGGCCAGCUACAGACCUAGUCCCUUUAAAGACCAGGAGCAGGUUCAAGCUUUACUGAGUUUAUACACCGAGCAACAGCAGCAGGCCCAGCAGCGUGAAGAAGAAUGGUUGAAUCAGUCCUCUAGUACCUGCACACUGCCCAACAACAAAUACAGCAGACCAGGCAGCAACAGUUGAAAGAGGUGCUCAUGCCCGUCCUCCAGAGUUCAACGGCUUUAUCCUCUGCUGCACAGUAACGCCACAUCGGACGAGACAAAUGAAAAAUCAAAUCGGUUACACUAGACCCAAAUGUGCAUGUAAUGUCAAAACACAGAUUGGCGUAAUCAAUGUAAUUGAAGUGAAAAGCAACAAAAGAUUUUUCGUUCUCUUUUUUUGGAAAUAGCACUAAUAAAUGUAUUUCAUUAACUGUGCUGCCCAGUUUCUUGAGUGAGUUAUCUUGAGUUUUUUUACCCUUUUAUCACAAAACCACAUACAACAUAUAAGAGGUCCAUGGUUUGGUAUGUUAUAAAUGUUUCUUGUCAUUUACAAGUUAUGGACUGCUGUACUUUAUGAACAUGAAAAUAAACAACAAUACACAAUUUGUUUGUAUUUAUAUUUUAACAUACAGUCAUAUGACUUUUUAGAUCCUAGUUUAGUUCCUUUUUUGAAAUGUUGGUCUAAAUAGAUAUUACAUAUAUUGGAUAUUCAUGCUAUAUUUGCAUAUCAUAUUAUUUUAGAUCUUGCAGGUGGUUUCAAAUAAACACUGUGUAUACUUA